AGUAAGAAAAAUGUUGCAGUUGAAAAGCAAUUAGUUAGCUAUUAGUUCAUAACCAAUAGACAAAACAUGCAUGGCAGCAGUAGACUGUAUUGAGAUGGAAAUAACAUUUAUGUACUUUUUUAAACAUAGGUUACUCUGUUAGAAUGCUCAUGGUCAAUCAGAGAGUCAACUGCUGAGAGCCCUGAUGCAACAACAAAUCUCUCGGCUGUCCUGCCAAACAGCAGCCAUUCAUUAGGAGGAGGGGUUAUUUAAUAGCCUACACCCCCAUCACACACAUACACACAAUAUCAUCCCCGCAUCCCGUCGGGUUCACAGAUGAACUGAGGAAUAUCUCUGCUCUCACUCCUCUCUCGGUUUACAUCAUGGACAUUGGACAACAUUUCCUGUUCUUCCUUGCAGUGACCGCUGUCACAGUGAAAGUUUCUCUUCAGGGUGUCCAGCAGCGCAGACUGUACCAUGACCUGAUGAGUGACUACAACACACUGGUGAGACCAGUCAAAAAUGACUCUGAGAGUCUCACUGUUAACUUCGGCCUCACCCUCAUGCAGAUCAUGGAUGUGGAUGAGAAGAACCAGGUUUUGACAACCAACAUUUGGCUAAAGCUGGAAUGGCAUGAUUAUUACCUCCAGUGGAAUACAUCAGACUAUCCAGGUGUAACCAAUGUGAGAUUUCCGGACCAUCUCAUUUGGAAGCCAGACAUUCUGCUGUAUAACAGUGCUGAUGAAAGAUUUGAUGCUACUUUCCACACCAACAUUUUGGUCGACCCUUCUGGCACCUGUUCCUACUUACCUCCAGGGAUCUUCAAGAGCACCUGCUACAUUGAUGUGCGCUGGUUCCCCUUUGAUGAACAAAGAUGUGAUCUGAAGUUUGGCUCCUGGACCUACGGGAGCUUCUCUCUAGACCUGAAGAUGUUGGAGGCGGAUGUCAGCGGCUACAUUCCCAACGGAGAGUGGGAUCUUGUUGACGUUCCAGGGCGGAAAAACGACCGCUCCUACGAAUGCUGCGAGGAGACAUACCCUGACAUCACCUUCACCGUGGUAAUGCGGAGACGGACCCUGUACUACGGCCUCAACCUGCUCAUCCCAUGUGUCCUGAUCUCCACUCUGGCCUUGCUCGUCUUCCUUCUGCCUGCUGACUCUGGGGAGAAGAUCUCAUUGGGCAUCACAGUCCUGCUCUCCCUGACUGUCUUCAUGCUGCUGGUUGCAGAGAUUAUGCCCGCCACAUCGGACUCGGUGCCUUUAAUAGCCCAGUACUUUGCCACCACCAUGGUCAUUGUCGGUCUCUCAGUAAUCGCUACAGUUCUGGUCCUACAGUAUCACCACCAUGACCCUGAUGGAAGCAAGAUGCCGAAGUGGACCCGUGUGUUCCUGCUGAAUUGGUGUGCCUGGUUCCUGCGCAUGAAGCGGCCUGGUGAGGACAAAGUGCGUCCAGCCUGCCAUAACAAAGCUCCACGGAACAGCCUGACCAGCAUGGAGCUCAACGCCAGCGCCUCAGCUUCCCAAUCCACCAACGGCAACAUGCUCUAUGUUGGCGUCCGUACCCUGGAGAGCAUCCCCUACUCCACAGUCGCCACCUCUCCUGACUCCGGCGUUCUCUGUGGACGGCUGGUUGCACGAACAGGUGAGGAUGAGAUUCUCCUCCCUGCAGGUCCGAGCUCCUCAGCGGGCGGAGUGGAACCGGAGCUGGCCAAGAUCCUGGAUGAGGUGCGCUAUAUCGCCAAACGCUUCCGUGACCAAGACGAGGACGAGUCUGUGUGCAACGAGUGGAAAUUUGCUGCGUCUGUCAUCGACCGGCUUUGUCUCAUGGCUUUCUCACUCUUCACUAUCCUCUGCACCAUCGGGAUCCUCAUGUCAGCACCCAACUUCGUUGAUGCCAUUUCCAAAGACUUUUUCAAUUAAGGACUUCAUCAGGAAACAGAAAUAAAAGCUGAUACCAAUCUCUCUUAUCACAUAAUAGUAAUUUGUAAACUCAUGGUGCGCUAAUUUGGAUAUAGUUAAAGGGGAAAUUGUGUUUCCUAAUGUUUUUGUGUCUAAGUGAUUUGGGGACAACAUUUUUUGCUACAGUAUCAAGAGAGAGUGUAGCAACACAGUACCUUCAAAGGCACCAGACUGCUUUGACAAAUACGGGGAGUCUGGUCCGCUGCUGAGCUGACCAAUUAGUUUGUUUGAGUUGUUGUGUAACUUUGAUGUUUUGGCUUUGUAACCAGCAAAACUAACAAACUAACAAACAGAUUUAGGCAGCGGGAGGCCUGCAACUCUUGUGAUCUGUGAGGUGAAAUGGCCAUUUUUGUCAAUAGAGGCUGGUGGAUUUGAAGAGAGCAGAGAUGGAACAGCUUCAGUUCUCCAUCAUUAAGGGCUGUCUGACAGCAAGGUAUAGCUGUAAAAAUGUUCGGUAACGCUUUAUAAUAAGGUCCUUAAUAACCAUUAAUUAACAAGUAAUAAGGCAUUGUUCUCGCUUUAGAUCCGGUAGUUGCAAAAAGCAUAGUUAACUUAUAGUUAACUUAUCAUAGAUGAGCAAUAAAGUAUAUUUUAAUAUCAAUAAGCAAACAAAAUAAGAUUAAUAAAGGCAUGGCAAAGACAUAAUGGGUGGGUCAUGGGUGUU